AUGGAAGAUAGUGGAAUUGACAGUGAUCCAAAACCUAUGAAUCAUGUUGAAGACGAUAGAUUAUUUUUGACAAGCGACAGUAGUUGUAGUAGCAAUCAAGCGCAACCCCCUCAGCGCAGUACUACAAAACAAUUGCAAAAAAAACUAGAAGCGAGAAUAGAACAGGCCAAAAGGAUCCAGCGGGGAUCAGACUACAUAAAAUUAUCUAAUACUGAUAAAACUACACUAUCCAGUAAUUCGAGUGGUUUGAUACCAAUCCAGAGACUUCCCAUUCCGCACAAGUCUAACGAACAUCAUCCCUUGGUAGAGUACUGGCAAAGUGACAGCGAAAGCGAGGAUGAAACUACUUUAUUUCCAAUCUCGCGGGGCAAGGAUACGAGUAAACAUAAACAAGAUCUUACUGACACUUUCAGUAUCGAAGAACUCAGCGAGGGAAGCGAGGAUUCGUUGAAUCUAGGUCCUACAAAAUUACCUCAUCCACAUACUCGCACAUAUUCUCCAACUGGAUGCUUUAACUGUCAGUGUCGGAUUAUUUAA